CGAGAUCCGGGUUGGCGCCGUGACCUCCAUGUGGGAGCCACAGCUCUAUAAGUAAACACUCCGCGCGGCGCAGAUAUGGCUUCUUCCUAUUUGUAAGGCGGAGGCUGCGGUAGCGCCUCGGGCUGGUUCCGGUUUUUGCCUCCUCGGCUCUGCUGGGCGGGUGCGCGGUCUGGGAGUCGCCGCCGCCUGUCCGGCCUGGCGUCCAGUCGCUCUUGCUCUCCCGUGUGCGCGCGCUCGCCUGCUCGUCCGCCCGCCGCGGAGAUCCCGAGCCGCCGCGAAGCGGCUCGGGCCAGGCGGGGCGCAGCGCCCCGAGCAGAGGGGGAGACAAAGGGGGCCACCCCCCCCGCUCCCGUGCCAAGAUGUGGAUCCAGGUUCGCACCAUCGACGGCUCCCAGACACGCACCAUCGAGGACGUUUCUCGCAAAGCUACGAUCGAGGAGCUGCGCGAGCGGGUUUGGGCGCUAUUCGACGUGCGGCCCGAGUGCCAGCGCCUUUUCUACCGGGGCAAGCAGUUGGAGAAUGGAUACACUUUAUUUGACUAUGAUGUUGGACUGAAUGAUAUUAUUCAGCUACUAGUUCGCCCAGACUCUGAUCUUCCUAGCACAUCUAAACAGACUGAUAUGCAGGUCAAACCAUGUUCUAAUAGUCCACCUAAAGUCAAGAAAACUUCAAGAGUGGGAUCUUCCAGUCAACCAUCCACAUCAACUCGUGUCUGUCUUAUUGAUCCUGGCAUUGGACUAUAUAAGGUAAAUGAAUUGGUGGAUGCCAGAGAUGUCGGCCUUGGUGCUUGGUUUGAAGCACAUAUACAUAGUGUUACUAGAGCUUCUGAUGGACAUUCACGUGGCAAAACUCCACUGAAGAAUGGCAGUUCUUAUAAAAGGACUAAUGGAAAUGUAAAUCAUAAUUCCAAAGAGAACACAAAUAAAUUGGACAAUGUACCCUCUACGUCUAAUUCAGACUCUGUUGCUGCUGAUGAAGACGUUAUUUAUCAUAUCCAGUAUGAUGAAUAUCCAGAAAGUGGUACUCUAGAAAUGAAUGUAAAGGAUCUUCGACCACGAGCUAGAACCAUUUUAAAAUGGAAUGAACUAAAUGUUGGUGAUGUGGUAAUGGUUAAUUAUAAUGUAGAAAAUCCAGGAAAAAGAGGUUUUUGGUUUGAUGCGGAAAUUACAACAUUGAAGACAAUCUCAAGGACCAAAAAAGAACUUCGUGUGAAAAUUUUCUUGGGGGGUUCAGAAGGAACAUUAAAUGACUGCGUGGUAAUAUUUGUAGAUGAAAUCUUCAAGAUUGAGAAACCUGGAGCCCAUCCUCUUUCAUUUGCAGAUGGAAAGUUUUUAAGGAAAAAUGACCCUGAAUGUGACCUGUGUGGUGGAGACCCAGAUAAGAAAUGCCGUACUUGCUCCUGUCAUGUAUGUGGUGGGAAACAUGAACCCAACAUGCAGCUUCUGUGUGAUGAAUGUAAUAUGGCCUAUCAUAUUUACUGCCUGAAUCCACCUUUGGAUAAGGUCCCAGAAGAGGAAUACUGGUAUUGUCCUUCCUGUAAAACUGAUUCCAGUGAGGUUGUAAAAGCUGGUGAAAAACUCAAGAUGAGUAAAAAGAAAGCCAAGAUGCCAUCAGCUAGUACUGAAAGCCGGAGAGACUGGGGCAGGGGAAUGGCUUGUGUUGGUCGUACAAAAGAAUGUACUAUUGUCCCUUCUAAUCAUUAUGGACCUAUUCCUGGUAUUCCUGUUGGAUCAACUUGGAGAUUUAGAGUUCAGGUGAGCGAAGCAGGUGUUCACAGACCCCAUGUUGGUGGAAUUCAUGGUCGCAGUAAUGAUGGGGCUUAUUCUCUUGUCCUGGCUGGUGGAUUUGCAGAUGAAGUAGACCGAGGUGAUGAGUUCACAUACACUGGAAGUGGUGGUAAAAAUCUUGCUGGUAAUAAAAGAAUUGGUGCACCAUCAGCUGAUCAAACAUUAACAAAUAUGAACAGGGCAUUGGCCCUAAACUGUGAUGCUCCAUUGGAUGAUAAAAUUGGAGCAGAAUCUCGGAAUUGGAGAGCUGGUAAGCCAGUCAGAGUGAUACGCAGUUUUAAAGGGAGGAAGAUCAGCAAAUAUGCUCCUGAAGAAGGCAACAGAUAUGAUGGCAUUUAUAAGGUGGUGAAAUACUGGCCAGAGAUUUCAUCAAGUCAUGGAUUCUUGGUUUGGCGCUAUCUUUUAAGAAGAGAUGAUGUUGAACCUGCUCCUUGGACCUCAGAAGGAAUUGAACGGUCAAGGAGAUUAUGUCUGCGGCUACAGUAUCCAGCAGGUUACCCUUCAGAUAAAGAAGGGAAGAAGACUAAAGGACAGUCAAAGAAGCAGGCCACUGAAACCACAAAAAGGCCAAUUUCAGAUGAUGAAUCUCCAAGUGCCUCCUCCAAAGUGUUCAAAGCAUCCGAUUCAGCAGAAGCAGUUGAGGCUUUCCAGCUAACUCCUCAGCAGCAACAUCUAAUCAGAGAAGAUGGUCAGAAUCAGAAGUUGUGGGAUGAAGUACUGGCGUCUCUUGUGGAAGGACCAAAUUUUCUGAAAAAAUUAGAACAAUGUUUUAUGUGUGUCUGCUGCCAGGAGCUAGUUUACCAGCCUGUGACAACAGAGUGCUUCCACAAUGUCUGUAAAGAUUGCUUGCAGCGCUCCUUUAAGGCCCAGGUUUUCUCCUGCCCUGCUUGCCGGCAUGAUCUGGGCCCGAAUUACAUCAUGGUUCCCAACGAGGUUCUGCAGAAUCUACUUGACCUUUUCUUCCCUGGCUACAGCAAAGGACGAUGAUCUGUGUACUUCUACCGUGUUGUUCUGGUGGCUUUUUGAACAAUAAAGAAUCUAAAAUGGGUGUAGAGGGUGGAAGCAGUGAUGGACCAUAUCUCUCCCGUUCUGAAGCAGCUAAUCCUCUUCCCCAGGUAGCCAUCAUCUGUGUGUAGUGAGAGGCCCAUUUCUCAACUGUCUUUUAAAUAUCGAAAGGUAGUUCCUGUCAGUAACAACUAGUUUCAAUGAAUAAAACGUCAGAAGCCUCAGCUCUAGUUGAUAUCCAAGUUAUGAUUUAUUUUGCAACUACCUCAGGACAGAAAAGAUUUGUGGGGAUUUUAAAAAUCAUUGAAUAGUUAAAUGAAAUUUUAGCUACACACUGCCUCCCCAAUAUUAGUUGUGCCUGGUUAUUGUAAUUUGAUUUUACCGAAAAGAAGAUGACACGAGUUACUUGGACUGAAUGCAGCUUCUGUAGUAUGCAUAAUUUUUUUCAUGUUCUUCUUCCAUUACAGUGAGUGUUUUGCAAGGACAGGUUCAUUUUUUAGCCUGUUUUGUGAGCCCCAUUGUGCUUUUUUCUGGUGUUUUAUGCAAGUUGACUACUAAUGACUAAUGAGAACAAUAUGAAUGCAUUGUUGCUGCAUUAGUGUCAUGUGGUGUGGUUUUGCACUUAAAAGAGGUAUCAGACGCUCUAGUUGUGAAUGUCCAUGAAAAGCCACUUCUGUACUAGUCAAACUGUUUUUAGUGAGUCUCACCAGUGAUUUUACAUUUACAGAGUAUUGAGGGCUGUGCUGACUUUUGAGAGGAUUGAAAUCGCUUCAUAUUGUGAUCCUAAAUUUUAUAUUCACUAUAUUCCCUAAAGUAUACCUUAAUAAAUAUUUUAUGAUCAGAAAAACAGUUCCUUUUGCUUUACUUUUUACAUUUGUCUGACUUCUGUGUGUUUAAGAAUCAGUUAUUUCCAGAUGUUCUUAUUGUGUAUCUUUACUAAAACAGACAUAUUUUAAUUUUUUUUGGUAAUGAGAACUAUAAGCACUAAGGACAAAUUUUGUUUUGCUUGGUUUUUUAAAAAACAUUUUAUCCUACUAAAUGGGGAAUUUUCCAAAUUAAGAAUCUAAUGACUGUUUUUUUUUUUCCUGUAACUUUUGUCUUAUGUUCAAUUUUAGCAUCCUGAAUGCUAAUUCUUAUAUCCUACAUGUGAGAAUGUUUAAAGACUUUGUUCUGUUCUCUAUACUGCUGUUAUUUUCUUUGGAGAAAAUGUUUAAUGUGAUCAACUCAGUCUUUUCACCUUUAGAUUCAGAUACUAUAUAUAUCUCCAACAUUUAAUGAAUAUUUUCUUUAUACUCGUCACUCGUACAUUUUUACGAGUAUUCAUUGAACCUACUGACAACUCGAAGACACAGCUAUCAUUAGCCCCAUUUUGUGGACAAGCAUCUGUGUACAGAAAGUUGAAAGUGACUUGUCAAAGGUGUACACCAGGCAAGGGCAGAGCUGAUGACCUUUAUUCUUUGCAGGCUUGCACCUAGGAGAUGUAUAUCUGGCAAACUAAGUUCAGUGCUUUUUCUGCACAUAGUUAAAUUCAGAAUCAGGUUCUAGGAAACAAAAACGGUGAUUUUCUUUGAAGAACAAAUUUAAAUAGGACCUUCUUGGAUUGAAAGUGCGUCAUUAAAUUGCAGCAUCCACUGGGCACGCUUCUGCCUGCAGGGGAGGUAAAUAUCUCCCAGUUUAACUGACUCCCAUGGUUAUGCUGUUUACUGUCUUAAUUUUGCUAUAACAUGGUAGACUUGGCAAGAGGGCUGAUUAUAGCCUAACAUGUUGACAGGUGUCAAGAAUGGCCUAAAACUUACUUGUGUUUUAUUCUUUUUGGACUUUUUUUAAAGUCAUAAAGUUUUCUUUAUUCUUUUCUAUUUCUAGAAAAUAGGUACUUUUAGAAGAUAUAACCACAAUAUGAUUGUCACACAUAUUUUUUUAAUUAAUAAUUUCUUCACAUCAUCGAAUUAGUAAAUAUUCCAAUUUCCAUUGUCUCAAAUGUCAUAAAUGGGUGUUUUAAUUGGUUUAUCUGAAUCAAUCUCCAAAUAAAGACCUCAUAUUGUGAUUGAUCGCUAUCUCUUAGGUACCUUUUUUUUUUUAAAGAUUUAUUUGUUUUUAUUUGAAAGUCAUAGUUACACAGAGAGAGAAGGAGAGGCAGAGAGAAAUAGGUCUUCCAUCCGCUGGUUCACGCCCCAGCGCUGAUCUGGAGCCAGGAGCUUCUUCUGGGUCUCCCACAUUGGUUCAGGGGCCCAAAGACUCGGGCCAUCUUCUACUGCUUUCCCAGGCCAUAGCAGAGAGCUGGAAGUGGAGCAGCCGCGACUCGAACCGGCACCCAUAUGGGAUGCCAGCACUGCAGGCGGUGGCCUUACCCGCUGUGCCACAGCGCUGCCCCCUUAACUACUUUUAAAUGUACACAUUCCCUUAUGCUUAUCCUCUAAAUCUUUUUUCCCCCUUUCUUCACCUUUUGCAGUUUGUGUUUUGAAAUGGAAUUGUUUGUUCUCAAGCAUUUUUGACAGAUCUAGCUGAUGUCAUCAUGUGGUGUACGUUAACCUGUUUCUCUUUGUUUUGAUUCAGAUUUUAUUUUCCUUCUUUUAUUAUUUGGCGAAAAUUUCUUCUUAGGUGUUGGGAUUGUCCUUUAAGAGGCACAUAGUAUCUGGUUAUAUUUUAGGUUUACUUUGAAAGGUGAGCUUUUACAACUGGAAUUUAUUAUAUUUGAUAGAUUACAGUGGUUACUGUUGACUGCCCAUCUACAUUCUUACGGGUGGAAUUUUU